CCCUAUCCGAGGAACUUCCUCCGCUCACGUUGUCCCUCAGAAGCACGACAACGGACAUGGAUGAAGCUCAAAUACGCCUUUGGAUCUUUGCCCCCACUGAGUCCGCUUGAGUCUCGGUGCUCGGAACGGUGUCCACUGGGCGGGAGGAGUGGGGGUUGAGGGGGGGGGGGGGCGCCUUGGUUGAUUCGGGCUCGCCGCCGUCCACUGCGCUCGCUUGGUUCGACGGCGCCUGCACCUGCGAGACUAUGUGAGCACCAUGCGGGCCGUGGGCUGCCUGCUGCUCGCCGCAGUGUUCGCGAGGUGCUCCGUGACGGGUGCGAGGGAUGGCUGGCGUCCCCCCUCCGUUGACGUCGUGCAGCCCAAGAGGCUCCUGCAGCAGAUGCACUCCCCGGAGGAGCUGCAACACGGCCUCCUGGACACCCGCGUCCGCAACUCCUCGACGGGGGCGCAGCCCGUGCAUCUGGCCCAGAGCAGCUUCCUGCUGGAGGCCUUCGCCAACUCGUUCAUCCUCGACCUGGAGCUCAACCAUCACCUCCUGUCGACGGACUAUGUGGAGCGACACUUUGAAGAGGACGGGCAGCCGUCACAGAUUAAGGGAGGAGAGCACUGCUACUACCACGGGCACGUGCGAGGACUGCCCCGGUCCUGGGCGGCCGUGUCCACCUGCCGCGGCCUGUGGGGGAUGUUCUCCGACGGGAACGUCUCGUACGGGAUCCAACCUGCGGGCCCUGGCGAGGUGGACCACAUUGUGUAUCGAAUGUCUCACAUUGACCUCCUCACGCCUUCAUGCCCAGCAUGCGGCGGGAUCGGCACCGGGCCUGAAGGGCAGACGGGCGGCGGGGGCAAAGGAGACGGGAAGAGGCGGGAUGGAGACGACUGGUCUGCGAAGGAGAAGCUCGCCGACAGCUUGAGACGAUCAAAAAGACAAGUCCGUCGGGGUCAGCGCACAGUGCAGACGGAGACCAAAUACAUCGAGCUGAUGAUCGUAAACGACCACGAACUGUUUGUCCAGCAGCGCCGGUCGACGUCUCAGACGAAGAACUUCGCCAAAGCGGUGGUGAACAUGGCGGACGCGAUCUACAAGGAGCAGCUCAACACGCGCAUCGUCCUGGUCGCCAUGGAAACCUGGUCGUCAGACAACCGCAUCUCCGUGGGCGACGACGCCCUGCUCACCCUGCGCGACUUCAUGAAGUACCGGAAGGCGAGCAUCCGGGAGCACUGCGACGCCGUGCACCUCCUCUCGGGGAGGACGUUCAUGAGCAGCCGCAGCGAGGCCGCCUAUAUCGGCGGGGUGUGCUCGCUCAACAGGGGCGGCGGCAUCAACGAGUAUGGCGCAGUAGGUCCGGUGGCCAUCACGCUGUGCCAGAGUCUGGGCCAGAACGUCGGAAUGCUGAGGAACAAGGACAGACCUGCUGCAGGAGACUGCAGGUGUCCCGACCCGUGGUUGGGGUGCAUCAUGGAGGACACCGGCUGGGCGGCGGCAGCUGCUUGUUCAACAAGCCCAGCAAGCUGCUGGACCCACCCGAGUGCGGCAAUGGCUACGUGGAGCCAGGAGAGGAUUGCGACUGCGGCACACUCGUGGAGUGCGCCCGCGCCGGGGCCGACUGCUGCAAGAAGUGCACGCUUACCCACAAUGCAAUGUGCAGCAACGGCCUCUGCUGCAGGGACUGCAAGGUACGCGAGCGGGGCUACGUUGCGUUUUUAUAUUUCGCUGACCCGCCGCCUACGUUGUCCCGUGUGGUCGCAGUACGAGCUGCGGGGCGUGACGUGUCGGGGGGCCGUCAAUGAUUGCGACAUUCCGGAAACGUGCGCGGGGGACUCCAACCAGUGUCCUCAUAACGUGCACAAACUGGACGGCUACACGUGUGAGGCCGGCCAGGGUCGCUGCUACGGGGGCCGCUGCAAGACCAGAGACGGCCAGUGCAGGAGCCUGUGGGGCUACAACUCCGCCGACAGGUUCUGCUACGAAAAGCUCAAUUCCGAGGGCACAGAGAAAGGCAACUGCGGACCCGAGCCCGGCGGCCAGGGAUGGAUUCAUUGUAACAAGCAGGAUGUUCUGUGCGGCCUGCUGUUGUGCACCAACGUGAGCGACAAGCCGAGCUUCGGAGAGCUGCGGGGUAAACUCACAAGUCUGACCAUCUAUCAUCACAACAGAUACUUGGAGUGCAGGGGCGGUCACGCAGUGCUGGACGACGGCUCGGACCUGGGCUACGUGGAGGACGGCACGCCGUGCGGGCCCAACAUGAUGUGUCUGGACCGCCGCUGCCUCGCGGUGGCCACCUUCAACCUCAGCGUGUGCCCCGGCUCGUCCGUCUCGCGCGUCUGCUCCCAUCACGGCACGUGCAGCAACGAGCUGAAGUGUAUCUGCGAUGCGGACUACACCGGGAAGGAUUGCAGCGUGUUCGACCCCAUUCCACUUCCCACGCCGCCCGAGGGCCUCGACAAGUACAAAGGUCCAAGCGGUACCAACAUCAUAAUCGGCGCGGUGGCCGGCGCCGUCCUGCUGGGGGCCAUCGUCCUGGGCGGCACCGGAUGGGGAUUCAAAAACAUCCGACGAGGAAGAUCUUCCGGCGUUUGAGCCUCAACCUCGGCAAAGACGUCUUUCCCCUCCGCUUCCCGAACAUUUCCCGGCGUCUUCCCGACUUUCGGGCGCGCCGUGGGAGCCAUCGUCUCUCGCCCUCUCAUCCCCCCUUUUUUCUUUUCCUUUCUUCCCUCACUGAGCAAGGCGUGACGGAAGUGCUGCUGCUGAUACCCCCCCCACCCCCCGCGCGCAUUUAAUGACAAUAUGUAUAAUUAUCAUCAAGUCGAAGGCCUUCUGCUCUCGAACGUAAUAUGCAUCAAUGUAUGAAUGUAUCGUUUGGUGUCACUAUGUAACCUCCCAUGUCCCUUGAGGGCCUCCGUACAGAUACAAUCAUGACACCACCUCCCCCCCCCCCCCCAAGAGCGCCCUCAUAAUCCAAAUUCCAGUUAAACAUUACAGAAUAAUUUAUCUGUAAAAUUGCCGCUAACAUCUGCUAUCCCAAAAAUGAUGUGACUCCAACACAAAUGUAGCAAUAGUUUGUUUUCAUUGUAAAUAUUCAUAUAUGGAACCAUUAUUAUAAUUAAACCUAUUCAGACAUUUCCGAGUACGGUUUAUUUUCAAUAGGCGCCUUUUUGAUUGAACGCAUGCUUAUUCUCUCUCUCUCUUUUUUUUUUAAUAUCGCUAAACCAGCCAUUCCCAGCCACUGAACAAUUUUUAUUCAUUAACGACAAAUAAUGUAUCUGUGUUUAUCUAUGCUGUGGCGUAUACUGACGGGCAGAAUAAUUAAAGGUUUAAAUUUACUGCCCUGGCUCUUAAGUGGCAUCAGAAAGUAUCAAUUUACUCUACAUUUUGCGAAAAGUUGUUGCUUGUUUUCACGCAGAGAUCGAGAGAGGUGCGAUUUCAAAAUAAAAGUAGCACCAAGGGACUAAGUCCGGGUAAAAGUCCAUUUGGCCGCCAUCGAAAAUAAUCCUUCAAUGAAAUGUGCUGCAUGUUCGUGGAAGGUGGAAAGUAACCAAGUAUAAAUACUUUGUCACUGUAUUCAAGUAGGGCGGCACGGUGGAGCAGCUGGGAAAGCGUUGGCCUCACGGUUGUGAGGACCCGGGUUCGAACCCGGACCCACUUGUGUGGAGUUUGCAUGUUCUCCCUCCGCCUGCGUGGGUUUCCUCACACAUCCCAAAAAUUGGACACUCUAAAUUGCCCCUUGGUGUGAUUGUGAGUGCAGCUGUUUGUCUGUAUGUGCCCUGCGAUUGGCUGGCGACCAGUUCAGGGUGUGUACCCCGCCUCCUGCCCAUUGACAGCUGAGAUAGGCUCCAGGACUCCCUGUGACCCUCAUGAGGAUAAGCAGCUAAGAAAAUGGACAGAUGUAUUCAAGUAGAUUUUUCAGGUAUCAUUUUCUAAUUUGACUUUUACCCAUAUUUCCAUUUUUUUAAAAAAAUGUAUUGAUGUGAUUUUUUUUUCAUAUUUCCUUUGUAGUAGGAGCACUAUGCAAAUU